GGAAACUCAAGAACUAAAGUAUAUAUCAAUUAGACUGUGGAUUGAGCAUUUUAUUAUUUUUUUUAUAAAACGUUUUUAUCCACAUUAUACAGAGCGUCUGCUAAAACGUUUUCCAUAAGGCAGAACUAAACAAGUUACCAUGAAAUACUAGGUUGCUUGAGAAAGCCAUUAACAUUUCCAAUGUUAAUUUGGAAUUUAAAUUUCAUCUCGUUCGACUUCAGCCUAAAAUCAAAACGUUUUUGGGGAAAAGGCACUGCAUCGUAUUAUACAUACAAACCUGUUCGGUGACAACGUUACUUCUGCAAAAUCCAAAAAAGUCCAUAGCAGAGAGAAGACAAGACAAACCAGAGUUCUGCCAGCUUCCUGCAAUGAGUGAAAUUGUAGAAGUCAUCGGAAUAGGAGAAGUCGUGGUCAAACCGACCAUAUCCCUUUUGGAGCUGUGCAUAACUUCUCAAAAAGAAACAUUGGAACUUUGUCGUGCCUCUGUGGAGAAACGGAAACCGUAUGUGUAUCAGACGUUGUUAAAUCAUAAAACAAGAGAGAGUGACAUAACCGAGAUGGAAGAGAUAAGAGAGAAAGAUGGCAACCUCAAGGAACUGAUUGUUACUGUUUCAGCUACACUUCCUAUUCGUGAAGCCACCGAGGUCAUCAGUCUAUUAAUGGAAAAGCUUGGUAGUACUGUAAGCAUCCAGCAGAUAGGAUAUCUACAUUCGUGCGAGUCUUUAUCAGAAAGUAGAAUAAAAGCAGGAAAAAGAGCAGCCGAAGAAGCAAAGCUAAGGGCUGCUGACAUGGCUGAAGCUGUUGGUUCAGUACUUGGACCUUGUCUGGAAAUAGUUGAAGAGGCUUGCACUCAAGUUGCCACGACUCACGAUAAACGGGAAUCUUGGGUUGUUGACACAGCUUUAAGGCAACAGGAAACUCAUGUUCACACUCCUAUUAUAGUAUGCACAACACUUAGAGCUAGAUUUUCCCUUUUGGCCUAUGGUGCGCCAAAGAAGAAAAAAUCCUGAUCAUGAAGGAGCUUUGUGUCUACAUCUGAAUCUCUUGUAAAUCGCUGUUUUGGCACCCCACUGUGAGCACAGAUGCCAACCAGAACUGUUCUUUGGGCAAAGUUCGAGCACCUGGAAAAUAAAGAACAAACAAGCCUCAAGAAAAUUGCUGGGAAGAGGGCGCUUCAUGAACUUUGACUUACUGAGGCAUUACUUUUCACUUGUAAUUCUCCACAGACCAUGAUAAAAACAAUAAACAUCAGGACAAAAAGUAUAUAA